AUGUCUAAGGUCCACGCUUCUCGGCCAUACCAGAGGCGCAAGAUGUUUUGUCCCCAACAGCAACCAAAAAAAGAACUGAAUUUCUUCCACCAGCAGCCCCCGCCACCCGGCGAGGCAGCAGGAUACAUGAUGUGUCCCCCGAACGGUCAGGUCAGAGGGCAGGAUCCAGCUUAUCUCAUCAAGGAGUUCCACUCGCUGGCACUGAACCCUCAGCAGCCAGAAGGAAGCAGGGGCCAACAGAAGGCAAAGGGCCCCGAGCACAGCCUGGCUAGCCAGUACGAGGAGAAGGUGCGCCCCUGCAUCGACCUCAUCGACUCCCUGCGGGCACUGGGCGUGGAGCAGGACCUAGCCCUGCCCGCCAUCGCCGUCAUCGGGGACCAGAGCUCGGGCAAGAGCUCCGUGCUGGAGGCUCUGUCGGGCGUCGCCCUCCCCAGAGGCAGCGGGAUUGUGACCAGGUGCCCGCUGGUGCUGAAGCUGAAGAGGCAGCCACACGAGAGCGCGUGGAGGGGGAAGAUCAGCUACCGCAAGACGGAGCUCCAGCUCCAGGACCCCUCCCAGGUGGAGAAGGAGGUCCUCAAAGCCCAGAACACCAUAGCUGGGAACGGAGUUAGCAUCAGCCAUGAGCUCAUUAGUCUGGAGAUCACCUCCCCUGAGGUUCCGGAUCUGACCCUCAUUGACCUUCCCGGCAUCACCAGGGUACCUGUGGGAAACCAGCCCCAGGACAUUGGACUGCAGAUCAAGGCACUCAUCAAGAAGUACAUCGAGAAGCAACAGACGAUCAACUUGGUGGUGGUCCCCUGCAACGUGGACAUCGCCACCACAGAGGCGCUGAGCAUGGCUCAGGAGGUGGACCCUAAUGGAGACAGGACCAUAGGAAUCCUGACCAAACCAGAUCUCGUGGACAAGGGUACCGAACACAUGGUCGUGAAAGUGGCUCAGAACCUCACGUACCGUCUGCAGAAGGGCUACAUGAUCGUGAGGUGCCGGGGACAGGAGGAGAUCACCAACAAGCUGAGCCUGGCCGAGGCAACUGAGAAAGAAACGAUGUUCUUCCAAGCACAUCCGUAUUUCAGAGCUCUCCUGCAGGAAGGAAAGGCUACGGUGCCCCGUCUGGCAGAAAGACUGACCAAUGAGCUCAUCUUGCACAUCAAUAAAUCACUCCCGUUGUUAGAAAAGCAAAUAAGGGAGAGCCACCAGAGGGCGACAGAGGAACUGCACCAGUGUGGAGACAACAUCCCCAGCAAUGAAGCCGAUAGAAUGUUCUUUCUGAUCGAGAAAAUUAAGGUGUUUAAUCAGGACAUUGAAAAGUUAAUAGAGGGAGAAGAAGUCGUAAAGAAGAAAGAUACCCGCUUAUUUAACAAAAUCAGGGAGCAUUUUGAAAGCUGGGUACUUGUACUCACAGCCAAUACCCAAAAAGUUAAAAAUAUUAUUCACGAAGAAGUCUCAAUAUAUGAAAAGCAGUAUCGCGGUAAAGAGCUUCUUGGGUUUGUCAGCUACAAGACCUUCGAGACCAUCGUGCACCAGUACAUGGAACAGCUGGUAGACCCCGCGCUCACCAUUCUCCACCAGGCUGUUGAAGUUGUCCAGCAAACGUUCGCCGGUGCAGCCAAGAGGCAUUUUAGUGAAUUCUCCAACCUCAAUCAAACAGCCCAGAACAAGAUUGAAGACAUAAAAACGAGACAAGCAGAAACAGCAGAAAAUCUGAUCCGACUUCAGUUCAAAAUGGAGCAGCUGGUUUAUUGUCAAGACGAGAUUUACAGCGUGGUUCUGAACCAAGUCCGGAAAGAGAUCUUUAACCCAGUGGGAAAGCCCUUGCAGAAUCCUGAGUUGAAACUGUCAUUCUCAAAAGAUCUGUCUUCGGUGUCGUCCAUCACUGAGAUUGGGGUGCACCUGAAUGCCUAUUUCUGGGAAGCCAGCAAACGUCUCGCCAACCAGAUCCCAUUCAUAAUUCAGUAUUUCAUACUCCAAGAGUAUGGCAGUUGCUUACAGAAAGCCAUGAUGCAGAUCCUACAGGAGAGAGAGCACUAUUCCUGGCUGCUUCAAGAACAGAGCGAGACCUCUGCCAGGAGGAGAGUCCUUAAGGAGAAGAUUUACCGGCUGGCUCAGGCACGGCGUGCUCUCUAUAAUUUCUGCAAUUAAAGGGGCUGGGUCCACGGAGGGGCAACGAUGCUUUUGGGUUUUCUUUUCUGUGCAUGCACUGUAAGGGGAUGCGAGAAGUGGCUUCGCAUUUGGAACCAGGCUUUUCUGUUGCCGCCUGUGUCUACCUUUGCUGUCCUGCAUUUGCGCUCAGCACCAGUUUGUAUCUGAAGUCCACAUGCACCCGGGGCUGUCACCUCUGCCAGGAGGCCUUCUCUGAUCUCCCCAAAGAGGUGGCUCUCCAGUCCUUGAGCCUCACAGACCCCAGUUACAGCGUUCUCAAAUACUGCUCUCUUUCUUUGUUAGAUUGUAAGAGACCCCAGAGGGGGGAGGUCAGGAUCAUAUUCUUUUGUAUUCCCGGAAUCUUGAAUGACACCUGCUACACACGAGCCCCUUAAUGAAUUAUAUCUCACUGAACACAUGAAUGAUGAAGACCACCUGGUGCUGUGGCUUAAAUCCAGACUUCGGUGGUUUGAGAUGGUGUCCCUUGGCCGGUCACUCUCAGAGCAAUUCAGCCAUGCCACCUGCUUCCCCGUGUUGACUGUAGCCGUGUUUCCAGCCCCCCAGGGGAAACUGGCGGGGGCGAUACCGAUUUUAAUGUGCACUGUUUCCCUGGCUGCAACGAGCUCCCAUUGCUACGUUAAGUCCUGAAGAGAAGUUUAAUAAGGAAAAACAUUUUUUAAAGAUUUUAUU